AUGCAACAUCAACAAAUAAUACCGUUAUCCACUAGUUGGGAACCAGCAAAAUUUGAGUACACAAAAAGGUCUUAUGCCGAAAUGUUUCAAGUAUUACAAUCCUUACGCCAACAUGAGGUUUUUUGUGAUAUUAAACUAGAAACAGAUGACGGUACUAUAAUAUUUGGACAUAAAGUGGUUUUGGCAUCGGCUAGCCCAUAUUUCCAAGCAAUGUUCACACAUUUUGCAGAAAAGAAUAAAGAACUUGUAGUUAUAAGAGAAUUGGAUUCUGUCACCUUACAACUCUUAAUAGAUUUUAUUUAUUCUGGAAAAAUCAUGGUCACCGAGAAUAAUGUACAGAAUUUAUUACCAGCGGCAAAUCUUUUGCAAUUACAAGAAAUAAAGGAGGCAUGCUGCGGUUUUUUACAGACACAACUCCACUUUACAAAUUGUCUUGGUGUAAAAGAGUUAGCAGAUUUACACAGCUGUCCACAAUUAUUAACAAGUUCAGAAUUAGACGUGAUUGAGGGUGACGAAUUCCUCUCCUUAUCAUCUGAUCAAGUAGUCAAGUUGAUCUCCAGCGAUGAACUUACAGUUCCAUAUGAAGAAAAAGUAUUUGAAUGUGUUAUUCGUUGGGUAACACAUGAAUUGGAUUCUAGAAAAUGUAUGUUACCCCAAUUAAUGGAACAUGUGCGAUUACCAUUACUAUCAAAAAAUUACAUAUUAACAAAAGUAAUUGAUGAACCUCUUCUAAAUAAUGGUCUUUGUAAAAAUUAUAUCAUGGAGGCAUUAAAUUUUCAUUCACUUGGGUCAGAUCAGCUUAUCGGCUCUAUUCCAAAAAAUAUACGUACUAAACAUCGGCUUGGAGAUAAAGUUAUUUUAGUGAUUAGUGGAUCUGGGCAUUUUGAAAAUCGUACAGAAUGGUACGAUCCAAAAAUCAAUCGAUGGCAGUUUGGACCAGAAAUGACUCUUUGCCGUGUUAAAGCUGGUCUAGCUGUAUUAAAAAAUAAUUUUGUGUUUGCUAUGGGAGGGCAUAGUUGUGGAUUACCUGUCCAGACUGUAAAUGUGCUUGAUUUAUCAUCAGAACUUCCUUGUUGGAAAUCAUCCGUUGACAUGUUGGUUAAAAGAAGUAAAUUAGGAGUUGGCGUGAUAAAUAAUUGUCUUUAUGCUGUUGGCGGAUACGAUGGUGCUAAUACUUUAAAUAGUGCAGAACUUUUUGACUGCAGUACUCAAGAACAGCAUAUGGUAUCUAGUAUGUGUACAAGGAGAGCUGAUUUUGGGAUCGGAGUACUUAAUAAUCUUUUAUAUGCGGUCGGAGGUUAUGAUUAUUCAACAAGCCAGAGGUUAAACUCUGUUGAAUGUUAUCACCCCAGUCUUGAUGCAUGGAUACCUGUCGCAGAAAUGCAUGUGCGUCGAAAUGAUGUUGGUGUAGGAGUUUUAGAUGGUGUGCUGUAUGCUGUAGGUGGUGGCGAUAGAUUCGGAGCACUGAAAAGUGUUGAAGCAUACAGUCCAGCUACAGGAGUUUGGACGACUAUCGAAGACAUGAGAUUGCCUCGACAAAAUGCCGGGGUUGUGGCAUUAGAUGGUUUAUUGUAUGUCGUCGGUGGAUGGAACUUUUUAGAUGUUCAUAAUUCUGUAGAAGUGUACAACCCCAUCACUAAUACCUGGUCCAUGCUUGAAGCAUCAAUGAAUGUACCACGACGUAUAGCAUUAGCUAUUGAAAGGCCAGCUCAUUUUUAA